AUGUGUUGCCCCAACUGCGCCGAAAGCCCGACAAACCCGCGACAAACUCCAGGAUUGGAAUUUAACCCAAAAAUAAUCUCCUUGUCAUGCGAUUCUACGCUUACAAGAGCUGUCUCAGAUAAAAUCAAAUCGACCUUGACCACGCUCCCGACUGAGAUACUGGCGUUGAUCGUUAGCCACCUCAUUCCAAAAUGGAUCACCUUUCCCGACCUAACCUCCGACAUCAAAGCUCGAUACGCGCUACGAAAGGGCGGCGAUGAAACAGAAACAUACUGGUCAGUUGCUCGAUACGUCGGGUACUCCAACCCUUUGGAGACAUUCUGCGCGGCCCAUGUUGUUCCAAAAUGGCUCUCCUUCAACGUUGACAACGACCUGCUCAACUUUGCGAGGACGAGCUCCAGAUUAUCAGAGAUCUGUUAUAGAGAAAUCUACCGCAACGUGGUUCUUCUAGACGCUCCAUACGAAAGAAUAUGGAACGCCUUGGAUACCCUUGCCGGGAAUGGAGAGGUCCUGCAGCCGCUGGUCAAAAGGCUUUCUGUAAGAUACACCUGCCGUCCAGAAGGAAAGCAAAUCCAUGAUACCUUUGGGUGGAAAUGGGGAAUCAGGAAUGUACUCUAUGAUGAGCUCCGGGGGUUGAGCAAUUUACGCCGUCUCGAGAUUGACAUCUGCCACGACUCAAGCCAGCGCUGGGAAUGGUAUCAACUGCUGCCAAAGCUACCGGCGCUAACCCACCUGUUUCUCAGAGGCUUUCAGUACAUGGAAUGCGAGCUUCCUUACCUACCGCAGGUCAAGGAGGCUCAUUUUAACGAAUGUUCGGUGCUGGGACACUCCGCCAACAAUGGCAAUUCAAUCAGGAGAGUCUUCCAGAAAUUCCCCUCUCUGCAUACCCUCUUCAUCAUGAACAGCAAGAAUGUCUGGGGCCACAUCCCGGAAGACGUCUUCGAGCCCUUUGCAGACACUCUCCACACGCUCGUGUGGACAGGUACUGGGCGCGAGCUCAUCUGUCAGAACGCCCUUCGCCGUCUGAAGAGCCUAAAACACCUCAAGUCAAAUGCGUACAACAGUCUAGUCGCAGGGGAGAUUGCUUGCUCGGAGCUAUCCAACCUUUUCUGUACCCUAGAAACUGUGGAAUACGUGUAUCCGGCAGAAGGGAUAUGGGAUGAAGAAGCGGACGAGCCGCAACAAAAUUUGGGUGAUUGGAAACGCAUGCUUCGGAGGUUGGCGGAGAGCUGUGAACUGAACUACACCAGCGUUCGGGUGGUGGAUGUCAGUUCUAUCGAGUACAUUCCGUCGCCGGGGACGUACAAAUGUGAGGCGCCACCCGUGUUUGACGCUGCUAAAAAGCGCUUUGAAGAAAUUGGGGUCACUUGUAUUCUUCCUGAGUAUCCCCGACAGGAUCCUGGACCGGAGCCUGAGCAGGAACCUGAGCAGGAACAUCAACAGGAAUGUCAACAGGAAUCUCAGCAUGAAACUCAACAGGGGCCUCGUCAGGAGCCUGAACAGGAACCACUUUAUCUGAUUAUGAACUCAUACCAACCUCCAGCACGAUAG